AUGAGACGCCCGGGGCGGAGCCGGGGGCGGGGAGACGCUGGGGGCGGGGGCGAGCCGAGCCCAGGAGACUCUCCUGUCUCUCAGAAGCCCCCGAGGAGCCGUGCGGGACGCGGGGCUCGGGGGAAAGCGGGAGAUGGGGCGUCGGGGGUCCUGGGGCUGGACUGGGGGCGGCAGCUGGACGCGGGUCUGCACGUGAUAGAAUGGAGCCUGAAGGGUGAAAGAAGACAGUUCCGAUGCACCGAGGACAAGUGUGCCGAGCCCGGAGUUCUUCUGACGAGCCUUUCAGGAGACGAGGGGAGGAAGGUGGAGAGCCUCCAGACUCAGGGCGCCCCCGGCCCGUAUCUGCCCCCAGCUCCCCCCGGCAUGUUCCGGUCUGCUUCAGCUGCUCCCCGCAGCGUUUCGGCUGUGGGAGCUGCCGCCGCUCCGCAGGCCCCAGAGCGCGUGGGCCUUCUGCACAGCCUGGGCACGCGGCCUUCUGCUGUGCCUUAG